UUCUCUUGUGUUAGGAGCACAGAGAGCCUUUCCAUCAUGAGCUUCACUGGAAAGUAUGAACUCCAGUCUCAGGAGAAUUUUGAGCCUUUUAUGAAAGCCCUUGGGCUUCCCGAUGACCAGAUCCAGAAGGGCAAAGACAUCAAGAGCAUCUCAGAAAUCGUGCAGGAUGGGAAAAAGUUCAAGGUUACCGUGACCACUGGCUCCAAAGUGCUGCACAAUGAGUUCACCAUUGGGGAGGAGUGCGAGAUGGAGAUGUUAACAGGAGAAAAAGUCAAGGCUACUGUUCAGCUGGAGGGUAACAACAGACUGGUCGCGAACCUGAAAGGGCUGAAAUCUGUCACUGAACUCAAUGGAGACACCAUCACCAAUACACUGACUAUGGGAGACCUCACCUACAAGAGAAUCAGCAAGAGAAUCUAGAAGCCCUGCUCAUACAAAUCAUUUUACUGUGUAAAAUGUGUCCAUUAAAGUAAAAUUUGUAUUGAAGGCCUCUUUGUUAUCAUCAACAUCUUCACUGUUGCU